CGCAUUUCAUGGGCGGCCACGUGUGUAAACCAUUUCAUGAUUUCCUCUGGUUCCGAUCACUCUUAAUUAUACGACUCCGUGUUACCGUCCAAGAUUUUCCCGUCAUGUUGACGAAACGGCUGUUUUUGGGGAUCGUUAUUUUCGCCGUACACACGGCAAAAAUUUCGGUCGACGCCUCUUCGGACUGUAGCAGUGUUAGAAAGGGUGAACCGGCUACUGUGCAAUUGAAAAGAUGUCUGCUGCGUAAUUACGAUCCGUUUAUUCGUCCUUCCGGAGUUUCAACCAACGGAACUACGGUGGUGUCGAUUGCUUUGACUCCAAAACACAUUGAUUUCGUGGAUCGUAAAAAUAUUCUAAUAUUUCAUACUUGGAUAAGACUAAGUUGGUCUGACGGCAAUUUAAGUUGGACAAGUGGAAAGCGAGGCAUCGACAGACUUCACAUUGACAGCGAUGAAAUUUGGAUGCCACCCUUAACUAUGUACUCCUCGGCGGAAGUUGGUUACGAGCACAUGGAAAUACCACCAACGGAUUGUGUGCUGUUGUCCAGUGGAGAUUUCCACUGUGUAGUAGAGAUGAAUUACGUGUCGCACUGUGUCGCGGACUAUCGGCACUGGCCCUUCGACAAACACAACUGCUCAAUUAUACUUGGUUCGUGGUUUGAAAGCCAUGAUGAAAUAAAGUAUCACGUCAAGGACAAAAAGACAGUUUUUGGCGGACUGAUGACUUUAGAUUUCACCCCGAACCCCGAGUGGAAACUUGUGUCCUUUGGUAUUAUCGAAAAUAUGACGCCACGCAUAUCUCAUGAUAUAACGAUUCCUUCGAUCGUGUACAAUGUCAUCAUCGAACGAUACUCAGCCUACAUGCAGACCACCAUCCUCGCCCCUGCAGUUCUCUUAAUCAUCCUGACCUUGGCGGUACUCUGGUUAGAUCCAACGUCCGUCGAACGAUUGUUAUUGGCAGCUCUCAACUUGAUCUGUCAUUUAUUGUGUAUGUUAAACCUGAGUGAGAAAGUGCCCUUCAACGGUUCAUCUUUGCCCUCGAUAUUGGUAUUCCAUCAAAAUUCGAUGAUCAUCGCAAGCGUGACCCUUUUUCUGACGGUCGUGCUGCGUCAGAUGUUGGAAAUAUCGGGCACCGCUUCAGCGUUGUUGGCAUCGACGGAAUCGAUAAUUUUUAAAAGCAGGGCUGCUCGGUUGGCUGAGGCGAAGAAUUCGAAUCCAUCGGACUCUGCGACGGUUGAAGCAGAAAACGAUGACGUCGGAUUGGUUGACGCGGAUGGUCCGCAAGCUGAAAAUGAUCCCGGAAGCUCCAACGCCUGGCAACGCCUGAUCACUUUUAUAGAUCGGUUGGCGUUUGCCGGUGCUUUUAUCACCUACGUUGUUAUGAUAUGGGUUCUCACACCGAGGAAUGACAUCAAUACCGAUGCCCCUGAUUUUCCUGUACAGUCAUAAAAAAUUCUUGGAACUAACCCAGCAAGUCAUUUUGCUUGACAAGAAUCGUAUGUAAAGUUUUUAAAUAAAAAAGUA